AUGCCUGGGAAGAUUCUGCCAACAUUCACACCCGCCGAGGUCGAUUCCCACAACCACGCCAAAUCUUGCUACGUGACCUUGGGCUCCAAGGUUUACGAUGUCACGUCCUUUCUCAAUGACCACCCGGGAGGCGGGGACUUAAUCCUCGAAUAUGCUGGUAAAGAUGUGAAGGAGAUCUUGCGGGAUGAGGCCUCUCACAAUCAUUCUGAGGCGGCUUACGAAAUACUAGAGGACCUUCUUGUUGGGUUCCUCGAUACGAAAUCUAUCGGAAAGACAGCAGAUACAAACGGGUCAGCUACAGAAGGGGCUGAAGAUGAUUCGCGGCCAGUGUAUGCUACGACAGGCAUGUCGCGCGAAGAGGACCUGUCCGUUGAAACAGACCUCACCAAGGAUUAUCAGACUUUCAAAUUUCUAGACCUCAACAAGCCAUUGCUUCUUCAGCUCUGGAAUAGUGGCUUCAGCAAAGAGUUCUAUCUGGAGCAGAUCCACCGGCCGCGCCACUAUAAGGGAGGAGAGUCGGCACCCUUAUUUGGAAACUUCCUGGAGCCCCUGAGCAAGACCGCGUGGUAUGUGGUUCCUUUGCUCUGGCUUCCUCCAGUCACCUACGGAAGUUUUGUUGGAUUUGCUGGACUGGGAAAUGUCCCUGCAGCAGCCUGCUACUGGCUGUUUGGUCUUUUUCUUUGGACCUUGAUCGAAUAUCUCAUGCACAGAUUCCUCUUUCACAUUGACGGAUAUCUUCCUGAUAACCGAGUCGGUAUCACCCUCCAUUUCCUUCUGCACGGAAUCCACCAUUAUUUGCCAAUGGAUAAAUAUCGACUUGUGAUGCCACCAGCUUUGUUCGUGAUUCUGGCCACGCCCUUCUGGAAACUGGCUCAUACAAUCUUCUUUUAUAACUGGUACGCUGCGGUCACAGUUUUCUGUGGUGGCGUAUUUGGAUAUAUCUGUUAUGAUAUGACACAUUACUUCCUCCACCACCGCAACUUGCCCGCCUAUUACAAGUCACUCAAGAAGUAUCACCUUGAGCACCACUUUGCCGACUAUGAAAACGGCUUUGGUGUCACAAGUCGCUUCUGGGAUCGAGUGUUUGGCACUGAGCUCCAAACCCCACCACCCAAGGGCGCGAAAGCUCAAUGA